UCCGGGUGAAAGGUCAGAGGGCGGGAAUGAAGGAGGGAGAGGGUAGGCGCGAUGAUGGCGACCAGGAGGUCGAGGUGCAGCAAGAAGGGGAAGGUCAGCCGGCGGCGUGAAGAAAAUAAGAAUCUAGAUGCUCUGAAGAAUGAAGAUGCUGCUCAAAGGAAAGCAGCUCUGGAGGCUGCUGUGAGAAAGAAGAUUGAAUUUGAAAAAAAGGCGUUGAAUAUUGUUGAACAGCUCCUGGAAGAGAACAUUACUGAAGAGUUCCUUCUGAAUUGUGGAAAAUAUAUUACCCCAUCUCACUAUAAAGACGUUGUUGACGAACGAUCUAUCAUCAAACUGUGUGGUUAUCCUGUAUGCCACAACAAACUGGAAAAUGUGCUGAAACAGAAGUACAGAAUUUCAACAAAAACAAACAGAGUUUAUGACAUCACGGAAAGAAAGUGCUUUUGCAGCAACUUUUGCUAUAAAGCAUCCAAAUAUUUUGAAGCUCAGAUUUCCCAAAGUCCAGUAUGGAUCAGAGAAGAAGAAAAACCACCAGACAUAGAGCUGCUGAAGAAUGGACAGAGUGGAGAGUCUGGAGAAGAAGUGAAAAUAUGUGAUGAGAUAAUUAAAGCAUCCGACAUCGAAAAUCAUAAUCCAUGUGAAUCUGCUUCUCAAGACAAAGCCAGUGACAGCAGUAGUGAUACCGAACAAGAAUUUGUUUCUUCUGUCCUACCAGGAAGUCAGUCAAGUUCAGCCAGUAUUGCACAGCAAUUGCACAGAAACAGCAUCCUCAAAAAGAAGUCCACUCAGAACAUAUAUUCCAGCCCUAAAACUGAAAACUCAGAUGUGGCAGAAGCCACUGAACAGCUAUCUAAUUGUAAAUUAGAUGCUCAAGAAGAAAAGUGUGCUUGCUCUGGUCAUAAUGGAACACCUUCAACAUGUGCUACCCCAGGGAAACCAAGUGCUUCAGAAAACUGUGAAAAUACCCGUGGUUCACAGAUAGUUUAUCUAGGUGUGAGCAAAAGAGGGGCAGAACAUCUUAAAAGAGCACUAGCUAAGUCAAAGGAGCAUAGAACAUCAGACCAGAGGCAUCCAGUUAAUUCCAAGGGCAGUUUAUUACAAGUGCUUAAGCAAACACUUACAGAAUGGAGAACUGAGGAAACUUUAAAAUUUCUCUAUGGCCCAAACUACAGUUCUUUAUGCUCUUCAGAGAGCAUAGCAUCUGCCAACCAGGAGAAUGAAGAACUUGAUGAGGAUGACUUAGAUACAGCUGAUGAUCUUAGUGCUGGUGCUGUAGGGGAGUCUGAAAACAGUUUGAACUAUUCGUUACCUUUCACAGGCCCAGGUGGAAUAGUUAAGCCGGUGCCUAGUUACGAAAAGUUAAAAGAAGAAACAGAGUUCCUACAACUCCGAGUAAAAGAGUUCUAUAAAGGAAAGUGCAUCUUGGCUGAAGAGGCAGAGACAAGUGCACAAGCAGAGGAACAUUCAAGCAAAGAUGAAGAUGAUCAGCAGGAAGAUCUCACCUUCCCACUUGUUGAUUCAAAUGCACAAAUGCAGAUUAGAAAGAGAAUCGUCCUUGAAAAACUGAGAAAAGCACUGCCUACAGUUUUGGGCCCUCUUCAGAUUACUCCAGGUGAUGUUUACACAGAGCUAAAAAAUCUUGUCAAAACUUUCCGGUUAACAAACAGAAACAUUAUUCACAAAAUGCCUGAAUGGACUCUAAUUGCUAUUGUUUUGUUAUCUGUAGGCUGGUUAUUACCACACUGCUGCUGCUGCUUUUGGGCUUUGUGGGUCACUGGAGCCUGUAGGACAGAGACAUACUCUACAGACAUUCACAGGUCAAGAAGAGUUGUGGGCCAACCUCAUAGCAUCCCCAGUACUGCACUUACUUUCCUUGAUAUUACUUCAGUCUGACACAUUGUUCUGGCUUUACUGUCCCAAGGAAGACUAUACCAGCAGGCAUUAGAGCAGGCUUCAGCGAGCCUUACAUCUGUGUCACCCAGCCGGAUACCGCUCAAAUGAUUCAUUAAAUCAGAACACAGAAAGUAACUUUACUUGAAUGCCUUGGCAUGAAUUUUUUAUCAACUAUAAGAACAAAUCUUUUGUCAUUUUUACCAUAUAUUCUUAUGGUUGAAUUGGUAAUUUGUGAAACAGAUCUUAUGAAUUUUUCAAGUAGUCUCUGUACAGUUAAGGAAAUGGUGACUCUUUUGGUCAGAAGUUGAAAUAUCUUGCUGGUGUCUCUGCAAAUGAUGAGCUCUAAAUGUUUACAUACCUAAUGACUGCUUUACAAUUGCUUUAAAAUGUUCUACAAGUAGCAGGCGGUCAUGGUUCUCGGCUUACACUGAUUACUCUCAAGGGCCCAACCCUAAACAAGUGGAUUGUAUUUGAUCCUAAAAUAGAGUAGAUUUUGUUGUCGUUCUAGUGAAAUCAUCAAUAAAACUCCUGUUGACUUCA